AAAAAAAAAAAAACAACUUUCCCGGUUAAACUGUACAACACUACUCGACAGAAAAAACUUCGAUUUUUUACCAAAGAAACCUCUGAAAAAAAUACAAUUUAAAAGAAAAAUAUUAAUCAACAAAAUGUCAACAGUUCGAAGUGAUCAAUUAUUUUUGGAUGGUGAAAAUUACCAACAGCGAACCAUGCCAAAUAAACAAUUCCAUUCGGAGCGCAAGCACAACAUUCGCAAACAUGCCUUGGGUGAAAUCAAAAAUGUAAUCCACAAUCAUGCCUCGGUAACACCAUUCAAAGGUCACCAAAUACCCGGUCCAUCAAAAAAUAUCUGCACUGAUUUAUUUAAAAAACAUUCUCAACAUCUUAAAUCACAAUUUGAUGGAGAACAACAGAUCAAAAUUCAACCCAUUGUCACAGCCAAGACCGAAGAGCUAUACAAAGAAGAUUUACCAACUCCAAGGAAGUGUAACAAAAAUUGUCACAAAGGCUUGGAAGAAAUAUGGUCAGAAAUGAAUGUUCUUGAACCAGAUGUAUUGGAACGACUAAUCAAUGGCAAUGGGGAAAUUGAAGAUGACUUCGAUCUGCCAGAUCGUAAUAUACCACCACCAACAAUCGAUUUUGAUGAUUUAGAAUUCGAUUUGGAAUUUGAUGUACAGGAUCCAUACGAAAUGGAAAAUAAGAAAUUACUCGAGAAGAUAUUGGCUGAGGAUCAAGCUCGAACUGAGUUUCCUUUGGCUAAUGAGUGGAUAGAUAGUUUGUAAAUUAUAAACUGUUUAUCUAAAAAAUAUUUAUAAUAUGCACUUACCUGACUGCUUAAUUUAGCAGCAAAGAUUUAUUUUAUUUUUGUUUUGUAUUCCUUAUUUGAGUUUUAUGCUCUUUUGAAGAAAAAAAGGAAUAUUCUUUUAAUUUAUUUUAUUAUUUGUUUCUCCAAUAUAUAAAUACAUAAUUACAUAU